AUGGCCGACGCCGAACUUCGUCAGCGAAAAGCAGCAGCACCGCCCGAGUCUCCAACCCCCAAGACAAAGUCCAAACACAAGUCCAGACGCACCGACGAUGCCGACGACUACACCCCCUGGCUCGACAUCCUCCGCGUUCUAUCAUUCCUCUUCGUCGCAUCAUGCGGUCUAAGCUACGUGAUCAGCGGAGGCGAGAGCUUCUUCUGGGGCAUGAAGAAUAAACCCCAGUACCUACGCGUCGACUGGUGGAAAGCCCAACUCUCCGGCCCAAUCUACCUCACGGAAAAAGAACUCCUCGCCUACGACGGCAGCGACCCCCAAAAACCGCUGUACCUCGCCAUCAACGGCACCAUCUACGACGUCUCCAACGGGCGGAGGAUGUACGGCCCCGGCGGAUCGUAUAAUGUGUUUGCGGGGCGUGACGCCGCGCGCGGGUUUGUGACGGGCUGUUUUGCGGAGGACCAGACUGCUGAUUUGAGGGGGCUGGAGGAGAUGUUUCUGCCGGUGGAUGACCCUGAGGUGGAUAAGUAUUUUACGACGGCGGAGAUGGAGAGGAUGCGGGGGGAGGAGAUGGCGGCGGCGAAGGAGAGGGCGUUUGAGGCGUUGAACCAUUGGGUCAAGUUUUUUGCGAAUAGUAAGAAGUAUCAUCGGGUGGGAUUUGUUAAGAGGGAGGAGGGGUGGUUGGAGAAAUUGCCUAGGAGGGAGUUGUGUGCGCAGGCGCAAAAGGGGAGACAGACGAGGAAACGCAAGGAGACGUAG